AUGACUGUGCACUCUGCACUUACACACGACCCUUGUUUAUCUCUCGCAAAUAUCACAACUAUGCAUGCACUGAGUUACGUGCUAAAUCAAAGCAGCCUCCGGUUUGAUAACAAUACCUACUUAUUUGGAGCGAGGAUAAGGGGCACGAUUAAUAUUGUAAUUUAUGUUGUUACACCGCAGUCAACAAUAUUUGAUGUAAAUUCGAGAGGCGUUCGUAUCUCAGCAAUUAAAAUAGGAUUGCAAUAUUAUGAGACUAUUGAAAUUAAAGCUCCUUCAAAAUUAAAUGCGGGCUAUCCAAAUAGUUUCUUCAAAAUGAACCUUACCUCCGUUAACCGUGAGUUCAGUUUAUUGUUCCAUGGAGUAUCAUUCCGCUGGCAUUUGCGGGGAUAUUAA